AGAAAGAAAAAGGUUAGUUUUGAUAUUAUUUUUGUUUUGAAUUUCUAGACUGUCUACAAGAUUCCUGAAACCCCAAAAUGGAUUUAUUAGGCUCUAUUAUGAAUGCUAUGGACAAACCUCCAAGUUUAACUGAAAAGGAAAAAAUACUAAAGAAAAAAAGAAAAGAAGAGUUCGAACGUCGUCAAACUGAAGAGAAAGAAAAACUUCAACGCUUCAAAGAUCGAGUUGAAGCUAAACUUAUAUCACAUUUCAAAGAUCCAAAAAAUGUUAUGUUGAAAUUCGAGCCCAUGGAUCAAAUUUGUAGAAGUAUAGUACAUGAACUAGCAGAGUCGUGCGGUUUAUUGUCAUACGCGUUUGGAACUGAUGGAGUGGAUAGGUACGUAAGGAUAUACAGUAAAGAACAUCCACCUUGUGAAGAUGAAAUCGCAGCAAGGCGGAAAGGUGAACCAUGGAAUGAAGAAAUCAGACGACAGUUGAUGGAAAAGAGACAUCAAGCAGAGCUGGAAAUUCAUGGUACCAAAAGAAAAUCUGAAAAAUUUACACCCAACAGUAAUUAUAAAGAUAAAUAUGCUCACAUUAUAGGCCAGGAUGCUGCCUUGGAAGCUGCCAGAAAGACAGAAACAAACAAGUCAUAUGGUUUUGUGCCCAGUGAGAACAAAAAAGAUAUGAGAUCAAUUGAACAAACAAUGGCUGAUAUAAGAGCUAAAAAAAGACAAAAACUUGAAAAAACAAAUUUGCAAGAUGAUUCAUCUGAUGUUCCUUCUAAUUAACACUUUUUAAUUAUAUAGUUUUCCAAUUAACAUAAAUACUUAUGUAAUUGUUAAGAUUGUUGAGUAUUAUAUUAUUUUUAUGUUGUGCAUGAUUUACACUCAUUAUAUGAUGAAAUAUAAA